CAUCAAUAAAGAAAGCACUGGUAAUUUAGUUCUCUUGUUCGUGACUUUUCACGCGGGAAUACCAUGAAUAUAUCUGUUAACAAAUUACUAUGAAAAAGGAAUUAGUCAAGUUUCCAAUACGGACUUUGAAGCCGUCUGUAUCUAAAAUAUACUGGAUGAUUCUUACUAAUCGAUAACCUCUCUUGAAUAGAAUUGCACGUUUCCAUGGAAACGUAACAGGUAACACACGUAAACUCUUCAUUAUGAAGUGAAAAAGACAAAAUGACACUAAUGAAAACCUGGAAUAUAGAAAUGACAAUACAGUUGCCGGUUUGAUGAAUAAUGGCGGGCUUUUUUCCCACAAUGUCGUCUGCCCACACGAAAUAAAGGCUGAUAUCAGAUAAAAAUGUUCGUUCAAGAAAUAUGUGAAGAGUGACCAUCUGCCACUGUCACCGAAGGUGUCUUAUCUACUUUAAGAAGCCGUCCUUAUCAUCCAUUGGAAGACGGAAUAAACCACACUCAACAAUGUGUGACCAACAUAAGUCCCCGAGCAGGAACACUAACAGAAGCAAUAAAAGUGAUAGCAAAACACCACUUAUACAGGUGACUGAAGUAUUCCACCCUGAUGACACAGACGCUGACAAUGUUGUAAGUCCACGCCGUCUAAACCGCACUGAUAUCCCAACUAUUGGUAUCGACAAUCUGUCCUUUGAUCCGUGUGAAGACCAUUUACAACAUGUACAUGAAGACUAUCAGAACCAAAGGGAACUUGCCGAUGUUCACACGCCCCUUCCAAACGUUCCAUUUGUGUUUGCUUCUAACAGAAGGGGGAGUAACUCUAAUGUGUUUGUGUUUGAUCCAGACUGUGUUAGCUUAUAUUCUAGAAGAGGAAGUGGUACAUCACGGAGAGGUAGUGCCACGGCUGGUAUUGAUAAAUCAAGUCUAGCUGUUCCAACUUUAAGACAGAUUCGGACAAAUGACUUCUACGACAGCAACACACUAUUACCAGGCUACAAUGACACAUCCACAGACUCGAACCUGCCACCACGAAGUCCCGGACUGGUUAGCACCCACAGUGCUUGGAGUGAACUGCUAAACAUAAACCCUGGAACAUCUAGACGAUCUUCUGAAGGCGGUAUCAGUGAUUUUUCACGUGUGUCGAAUGUUAGCAGCAGCCUAUCUGAACACCUGCGGAAUUUGGUUAGAGCGUUCUCCAGCCGUACCGAGAAGGUCAAAGAGUGCACACUGCAGCCACCGAGUCCGUCAUCACUGUCGGAUUACGCCGGCUCGGAUGCUUUAUCAGCCAUUUCCGCCGAGCCUCAAUUCCGUCAUCGGCUGGACUCGUUCCUGCCAGACCAGCCCGAAGGAGACACAAUCUCUGAAAUUGUGAGGAUAAGAAAUGAGUUCGAGGAAGAAGAGAAGAAGAAAUUCAAGCUGCCAAGAUGGAUCCGAAGGUUAAAAUUUCCACAUGUCAUUGAACCACAAAGUAAAUUAUAUCUACUAUGGUUAUUUAUAGUAACAUUGGCGUUCAUGUAUAAUGCAUGGGCAAUACCGUUGCGGGCAGCCUUUCCUUAUCAAACUCCGGACAAUGUUAAAUACUGGUUGGCGUGUGACUAUUUUUGCGACUUUGUGUACAUAGUUGACAUUGUACUGUUUAAAAUGAGGAUCAGCUUCCUAAAUAGCGGACUUAAGGAGACGCAUCGAUCGAAAACAAGAGCCAAUUACAUGGCAAAGAAAAUGUUUAGAUUUGAUUGUCUGUCGUUAUUACCAUUGGACCUUCUAUAUCUAAUAGAGAUGAAAGUAAACCCUUGGUGCCGGUUACCAAGGGUCAUGAAGAUCCAGACAUUUUGGGAGUUUUAUUCGAGAUGUGACCAUUUGGUUAGAUCAGCACAUGCAGUGAGAAUAAUGAAAACAUUCACAUAUAUGUUAUUUCUGAUUCACGUGGAAACAUGCGGGUAUUAUGCUAUGUCGGUAUAUGAAGGAAUUGGUAUAAAUGAAUGGGUUUAUAACGGAGAAGGAAAUGCCUACAUCCGGUGUUUUUAUUUAGCAACAAAAACGGCGACAUCUAUAGGUAACAAUCCAACACCACAGAACUCAAACGAGUACAUGUUUAUGACGGUUUACUGGGUAUCAGGAGUAUUCGUAUUUGCUUUACUUAUUGGUCAGAUCAGAGAUAUAUUCGAUGCUUCCAACAUGGUAAAAACGACGUAUAACCACAGAAUGGAUGGGGCUCUAAAUUACGUGAAAAACAUGAAUGUACCAAAAGAUACACAAGACAGAGUCCGGACUUGGUUUAUAUAUAAUUGGCAACAACAAAAAGUAAUAGACGAACGAUCCAUGAUGGACGCCUUGCCGAUGAAGCUUCGUAAAGAUUUGGCAAUACAUGUACAUUUUAACACUUUGAGUAAAGUGAAGCUGUUCUCCGAUUGUGAUAAAACUCUGCUGUAUGACCUCGUUUUGAAACUCAAACCGGUGCUAUAUUUACCUGGGGACUAUGUCUGUAAAAAGGGCGAGAUUGGUAAGGAGAUGUACAUUGUGAGUCAAGGGAUAGUAGAGGUCGUUGGCGGUCCCAACAAUUCACUUGUGUUAGCAACAUUGAGGGAAGGGUCCGUGUUCGGCGAGAUAAGUCUACUUGCGAUGGCUGCCGAGGGGAAUAGACGUACUGCUGAUGUUAGGUGUAAAGGUUUUACCAAUUUAUUCAUACUUUCAAAGACUGAUUUUGAGAAUGCUAUGAAAGAUUACCCAGAGGCUCACAAACUGCUAAAGAAAAGAGCGAAGAAACUGCUACGUAUGAACGCUAGAAUUGAACGACAGAGUCAAUGUUCUGUAGACCAGUCAAAGAUAAAUGCAACAAACAUAAUACAUACACCUCCGGAAACUCCUAAACUUGUUAAGACUGUCAUACAGGUAAUGGAUCCAGAAUCAUCUCUUUUACGGAAGCUUAGUACGAGAAGGGGAAGUAAUAAAAACACUAAGAAUGACGAGGAUCCCAAUGUAGCUGAUAAUGGAGCUUAUGAAUCAAGUCCUGAUUUAAACAAAAGAUCAAAGUCAAAUUCCUUAAAAGAUGAAGCCGAAGAGUUCUAUGACAAGAUGCUUUCUGAACGGGACUGGCCCGACGAACAUGUGGAAGUGGAAAACGAAAUACUUGCUAAAAUGGGUGGCCGAAGCGACAAGUUCAAAAAGGAAGAACCCGAGAAAGAUGGCGGGGGAAAUAAUGAGAAGGGAACCAGUAAAACAUCGGAAGUUAAAAGUCCUGGUUCCAGCUCACAGGCGAAGAAAACAAGCGACAGUAGUACGAGUAGUUUUGAUUCUGGUGUGAGAGAUACCAAAGUGACAAGUCCAGGGUCAAGUUCCGUUCGUUCACUUAGUAAUAAAGAUAGUAAAGAAUCCUUUAUUAGUGCUGAUUUAGCAGGUAUAUUGGAGGAUGACUCGGGGGGUAGCGAUAGUACUGAACCUACCACAGAAUUAGACCAUAGCAUUAACUACACCGCAGAUAUGUUUGGUGACAUAGAGUCACAACCAGCUCGUGCAAAAUCCGGCCGUCAUAAACGAACGAAGAAGUCAUAUAGAGCUACAAGCGGGAAAAUUGGAGGUGGAUCAUCACUUCUUAAACGAAACGAUGAAUACACGAAGGCGUUUGCAAAUGGGUUUACAAUAAUCAUAGAUUCAGUAGAUGACAAGGAAAAUUACUCAAGAGAUUGUUUCUCUCCCGAAUCUUCUGAUUCUGGCGAAGAGGACUCAUUCGAUUGUAACGAUUUAUUGGAAGACGAUGACGAUGAACUAGAUAAGAAAGAACAGAUUGUUAAAACAGUGACAUUUGAAGAUACCAAAGAAAAAGAUAGUAAAGAGAACAUAAAAUCCUCAAAUAUCAAACCGUCGAGUGCUCCUGCACCGAGAACACCUAGUGUGUACACUAUGAAAGCCGUUAAACCAUUGGCUAAACCGUUAUCUGCGGGCAAGAGCAAGGCUAGUAUACAAAGGUUGGCUGAUAAAUCCAAGGUUGACAAACAGAACGGAGAUAAAGCGGCGUCUGUUGACGGUAAACCAGCAGACAUAGUUAGAACAAAUUCUGGCGGAAGUGUAAGAAGCAUUUGUGUAGCAGAAGCAGACGACCAUAAAUCAAUUAAUAAUGUCGCUGAACAAUCACAAUCACCGAAUCAGGUCACGUGCUUUGCUGACGUACACAGAGAAAAGACAAUUUCUUCGAAUUCGAAUCAAGAGGAAAUGACCACGUUGUUUUCUCCGGAUAUGGUCCCGGCAGGGAGACAACGUAAAAUUAGUGUGAUUUCUAUUGGUUCCGUCUUAAAAGACAGUCGAGAAACUCUAGUCUGA